CAUGCUCAAGCUCAGGCCAAGCUUCUUCUUCUCCUUUCUAAUUUUCAUCUUUCUUCUCCAAAAACCUAAUUUGGGAUCAGCAUCUAGUCCCAAAUGUAUAUCAACCGAGCGCCAAGCUCUUCUCACCUUCAAACAAUCACUUACUGAUCCUUCUGGUCGACUCUCUUCUUGGUCCAGACCAGACUGCUGCAAAUGGCGCGGUGUUUGCUGCGACCGCAGAACCAGCUACGUCAUCAAGAUUGAUCUCAGAAACCCGAAUCAAACACUUAGGCGUAAUGGUGAAUUUAGAAAUGGUAGCUUGGGGGGAAAGAUACAUCCGUCUUUGACCCGUCUCAAGUUCUUAAGCUAUUUGGACUUGAGUUCAAAUGAUUUCAACUUCACCGAGAUCCCCGAGUUUGUAGGCCACAUCGUUAGUCUAAGGUACCUGAAUCUUUCUUUCUCAUCGUUUUCCGGUGAAGUUCCUGCGAGUUUUGGGAAUUUGUCGAAGCUCGAGUCGCUUGAUCUGUACGCUCAGACGUUUAGUGACGAUCUGUUCACGAUGAAUUUGCGUGCAAGCAAGCUCGGGUGGCUUUCAGGUCUCUCUUCUUCACUGACUUACCUAAACAUGGGGUUCGCGAGUCUGAGUGGUGCUGGUGAAAACUGGUUACAGGAUUUCAGUAGACUAUCGAAGCUGAAGGAGUUGCAUCUGUUCAACUGUGAGCUCCGAAGUUUACCUCUCUCUUUGCCGUCAUCUGCAAAUCUGAAGCUCCUUGAAGUACUUGAUUUGUCUCGAAACUAUUUCUAUUCGCCCACACCAAACUGGCUAUUUGAUCUCACCAGCCUCAGAAAGCUAUUCCUCCAAUUGGUUCGUCUCCAGGGGUCGAUUUCUCCCGGAUUCAAGAAGCUGAAGCUUCUAGAGACUCUAGAUCUGUCCAAGAAUGAACUCUCCGGAGAAAUUCCAGCGGUUCUUGGAGACCUUCCUCGGCUGAAGUAUCUUGACCUUUCUGAAAACUCUUUCCAAGGUCAAAUCCACAGGUUUCUUGACGCCUUGUCCAAAAACAAAGGAAAUAGCAGCUUGCUCUCUCUCAGUCUAAUGUUCGACCGUUUAGAUGGGACAUUGCCAGAGUCGCUUGGAGCGUUGAGGAAUCUACACAUUCUGGAUCUCUCAGAAAACAAAUUAUCUGGCUCGGUUCCAAAAUGCAUGGGCAAUCUCACAGCCAUUGUGCAAGGUAAAAGCGUCGACGAGUACUAUGAAUACCAAGAGAUACGCGAUAGCAUAAAUCUUUCCGGAAACAACAUAAACGGAGAAAUGCCAGUGGAGAUCUUGGACCUCACUUACCUUCGAAUCCUGAAUUUAUCAAGAAACUCCGUAGCAGGAAGCAUUCCCGGGAAUAUUUCAAAACUUGGUCACCUGGAGACGCUUGAUCUAUCAAGAAACAGGUUUUCUGGUGCCAUUCCUCAGAGCUUGGCAGCGAUAUCUUCUCUGCAUACGCUGAAUGUUUCUUACAAUAAACUGGAGGGGAGCAUACCUAAGCAGCUGAAGUUUAAAGAUCCGUCCAUUUACGCUGGAAAUGAGUUACUCUGUGGGAAACCACUUUCUAAAAAGUGCGCAAGGAAGCAGCAGGAUGUUGUGGUUAAUUGAGCAAAUGUACCUGUUUACUCUCCCAAAUAUAAAUAAUAAAGUUAUCCACAAACAACA